UUACCGCUAUCUCCUCCGUUUCCACUUGUUCUUUGCAUUCAAAGAACUUUGCUCCGUCUCUCCUGAACCACGUCUGCUGCCAUAUCUAGAGUUCUCCCCCAAAUCACUUAAGCCACAGCAGGAGAGCAGCCAGUUCACAGUCACACGAGUAACGGCGUUCAGGACAUUUAGUUUGGAGUCUGUUGGAUCUAAUGGAAAAGUCUGCGGCAGAUCCAGAAACCACCUCUGUGCUCAGCCUGGAUUUAUUCAUCAACAAGAGAGACGGCCACUCUCAUGAUUUAUGAGGAAGGGGCACUACAAAAUUAAAAAGAUUUUGAGAACUUUUGGAUUCGGAUCCUCUGAGUGGAAUACCAGGCAACGCAUCAGAUAUAAAAACUAUAUUAUGUAACAACAACCUCGUCUGGUUCUUAUCAGAGUUUCAGAGGAAUCCAGGAUUUGUGUCCAAGCUCGGGAGCUGGAGAUUGCUCCUUCUAGCCAUGGAAGAAAGAAGAAGAAUGACCUACAACGUCAACAGGAAGGUCCUGGAUGAAGGCGACCUGGAUGAGAUGGGAGAGAAGACCCACACCAAAACAUCUCUGUGCGACAAAAUAAAAGGCUCAAUGAGCUGUAGUGGCCCCAGGGUGAAGAGUUGUCUGCUGGGGGCCUUUCCUGUUGCGUCAUGGCUGCCUCGCUACUCUUUCAGAGAAGACGCGCUGGGCGAUCUGGUCUCGGGAAUCAGUGUGGGGAUCAUGCAGCUCCCACAGGGUAUGGCCUAUGCUCUGCUGGCUUCUGUCCCUCCAGUAUUUGGCCUUUACUCCUCCUUCUACCCAGUCCUCAUCUACUUCAUUUUUGGGACAUCGAAGCACAUCUCAGUUGGAACAUACGCAGUGAUGAGCGUAAUGAUCGGAGGGGUGGUCGACCGACUGGCACCGGAUUCAAACUUUGAGAUCUGGGACAACGUGACCAACUCCAGCAUCAUCGACUCUGUCGCUCGAGAUCAAGAGAGGGUCCGAAUAGCUGCUGCGGUCACGUUUUUAUCUGGCUUGUUUCAGAUUCUUCUUGGUUUGGUCCAGUUUGGUUUCGUGGUCACCUACCUGUCUGAGCCCCUCGUCCGAGCUUACACCACGGGAGCCGCCAUCCACGUCAUCGUUUCCCAGCUGAAAUACGCCUUCGGUAUUAACCCGAAGAGAUACAGCGGACCGAUCUCCUUGAUUUAUACGGUGGUGGAGAUCUGCUAUCUGCUUCCACAGACCAAUGUGGGCACGUUGGUGGUCAGCAUCGUUGCCAUUGUUGGCCUAAUCCUCGCCAAGGAGCUGAAUGCAUACUUGGGUAAAAAGCUACCUGUUCCCCUGCCCAUCGAGCUGGUCGCUGUGAUCAUCGCAACGGUUAUCUCUUGGCAAGUCAACCUGGAGAGCAGAUAUGGAGUUGAAGUGGUGGGAGACAUUCCCUCCGGUCUCCAGCCGCCUGUUGCUCCUACUCUGUCGCUGUUUGGCCAGGUGAUCGGGGAUGCCUUCGCCCUCUCUGUCGUCGGCUAUGGCAUCGCUAUCUCCCUUGGACGAAUAUUUGCGCUCAAAUACGGCUACAAGGUGGACAGCAACCAGGAGCUAAUCGCCUUGGGCUUGAGCAAUUCUAUUGGAGGAGUUUUCCAGUGUUUCGCCAUCAGCUGCUCAAUGUCUCGCAGUUUGGUUCAGGAAAGCACCGGAGGAAGGACCCAGGUUGCCGGGGCUCUGUCGGCGGUGGUUAUCCUUUUCAUCACUCUCUGGAUUGGAUCUCUCUUUGAAGAGCUACCCAAGGCAGUGCUGGCUGCCAUCAUCUUCGUUAAUCUCCAAGGUAUGAUGAAGCAGUUCAUGGACAUCCCCGCUCUGUGGAGAAGCAAUAAAGUCGACAUGAUGAUUUGGGUGGUCUCUUUCAUCUUGACCGUGUUGCUGAACCCAGACCUGGGUCUGGCUGCUGCCAUCGCCUUCUCUAUGCUCACUGUCAUCUUCAGGACACAGCUACCUAGGUACUCCCUCUUAGGACAGGUGGCAGACACUGAUAUUUACAAGCCAGUGGAGGACUAUGGUCAGGUGAGGCAGGUUCCAGGAGUUUUAAUCUUCCGUUCCUCUGCCACCCUCUACUUUGCCAACGCUGAGAUGUACCAAGAAGCCCUGGGAGAAAAGUCUGGCAUUGACAUCACCAAGAUCCUGUCAAUAAAGAAGAAACUGGAAGCCAAGCGAAAGAGGCACGAAAAGAAAAUGGCCAAGAAAGCAAAGAAAGAGCUCAAGAAGAAAGGAAUAGACAUGCAGGAGGAGCCAAAUUCAGAGCACCAGAAGGACAUUGCCACCAUUGACGUGGACAACGAUCCUGACACCUCGCUGCCAAGAGCCAUUAUCCUUGACCUCAGCCCUGUAAACUUCCUGGACACAGUGGGAGUCAAGACAAUAAAAAGUAUUCGCCGAGACUAUGGAGAAAUCGACAUUGAGGUUGUUCUCGCUUGCUGCCAGAGUGGUGUGGUGGAGAACCUCCUGGCUGGAGGGUUCUUCAACGACAAAGUGACAAAGUCCUGCCUGUUCGACACCAUCCACGACGCCGUUCUGUACUGUCUAUCUGGAAGAGCAAAACACCAAAAUGAUGACGAAUAUACACAAGAGUUCUCAUCUUUUCCGUGUCCGCUUGCUUUACAGGAGUCGAAAGAAACACAUUUCUGAGUCCUGAGAGAAGCAGACACCUUGCUGGAGGAUCCAGGGAGCUUCUGAUGUCCGGGACAUCCUCUUUCUCAAACAUACUGAGGAAAACAAACAAUGGAGACAUUUUUUUUCCACAAAAUGUGUUUGCUUAAAACAAGUGUAUUCAACAUCAUUACGUAUAUUAUGCUGAAAUCUUUUUUCAUGGGUGCUUAUAUUUGAUAUAAUGUAUUGUUUGCUAUACUGUAUGUGUUAUGUGUUACCGAAUUGAUUUAAACUUCUAAACCAAACUUGGUAAAUUGAUGAAAUUGAUGACAGCAU